AUGGAUAUUGACUCCAAAAAGAGAAAAAUAGACAUUGAUCGUGAAAGUAGAAAAAUAGUUAUCGAUUCUAAAAAGAGAAAAAUGGAUAUUAAUAGCAUGCUUUUCUUUGAAGUUACCAAAGAAAAAUUCAAAGAGAAAAAUAAUACUAGUUUUACAAAUUCAGAAUAG